CGUGCAAAAGUGUCGAGAGAAUUGGCGCUCAAGCUGCGGUCAUACUGUUGUUGUCGGUUUAAUUGUCGCCGCGGGAUGGCUUUCCAAUGCCGGUUGUGUGUCCGUAAGUUUUACGAACUUGAGCCCAUUGUGUUAUUUGAUAUAAAGAACCAUGAAGUACUCUCAAAAAUCAAAGACAUCACUGGAUUAACGUUAGACGAUGAAGAGCACCUUCCAAGACACAUUUGCGCCAUCUGUCAAAAGCAGCUGACUUUGGCCAGUGGAUUCCGGGAUAGGUGUCGUCGUGUCCAGCGAGAUCGGUUUAGAAAAACUCGUGUCAUGGAAGCUGAAAGCCGGGAACCUCCUGAUUCGAAGGCGGAAUACAUAGUUCCCAACGCUAGUUCAAGGGUGCCCAAAGGAAAGUUCAUUCAGAUUGGCAAACAGAUGUCCCUGCCUAAACAAGCACUGGUUCAAAUUCGGAAAGUCAAUAACAAUGAAGUGAAUCCAAAACCUAACGAUGCUGAGAACAUUCCACCGGUUCCAAGGCCUAAGGCUAGAGAGUUCCUCAUUUGCGAUCAGUGUGGUCACUCGUUUAAAAACUCUACCAACCUGAAAAUGCACAAGUUGCGCCACAGCGGCCUCAAGGAUUUCGCCUGCACAAGCUGUGACCAGCAGUUUGUUAACCCAUACCUGUUGAAGGUGCACAUACGGGUCCGACACCUGGGCGAAAGGCCAUUUGCCUGCCGGUUCUGUGAGAGGAAAUUCUUUACCAGUGGCGCACGCACUUAUCACCAGCGGACGCAACAUAUUCGAGACGGAAGCUACAGGUGCGACUUAUGCAGCAAUGUGUUCAAUACCAAGUCCGACUUAAAUAGCCAUAAGUACAGUCACCGAAAACCUUUUCAAUGUGAAGUAUGCAACGUAAGCUUUUCUCGGAGAUGCAACUUGAAACAUCACUACGCCUCGAAAAGGCACUGCAAAAUAGCCACCUCAGUUGGGGGUGCUCAGCAGGGCUUGAUCAUAGAUGAUGACGAUUAAUUGGAUUUUAGACAACAUAGUCAUAGUAUUGUUUGUUGAGGCGCAGGAUUGUCUCACGAUACAUUCAAUUUAGUCCGGAAAGGAUCUCAUAUAUUUUCGAAGAAAGUGUUGGGAAAAAUCGUAUGAAUUCGUAACGUUUAUUUAUCAUUUUCACACUGAAUCGUAUUUUGUUAUGUUUUUGUACCAAGUAGACCUUAAAUUGCUCUCAUUUAUUGCUAGAAUAGCUCUCACUUAACUGCAAUGGUCGCAACGUUUAAUAAUUAAA